ACUGCAGACAUAGUACAGGAGAUGACCAGAGACUGCAGACACAGUACAGGAGAUGACCAGAGACUGCGGACAUAGUACAGGAGAUGACCAGAGACUGCGGACAUAGUACAGGAGAUGACCAGAGACUGCAGACAUAGUACAGGAGAUGACCAGAGACUGCAGACAGUACAGGAGAUGACCAGAGACUGCGGACACAGUACAGGAGAUGACCAGAGACUGCAGACAACAGUACAGGAGAUGACCAGAGACUGCAGACAGUACAGGAGAUGACCAGAGACUGCAGACAUAGUACAGGAAUGACCAGAGACUGCAGACAUAGUACAGGAGAUGACCAGAGACUGCGGACA